AUGGCGAGCCUGGACGGCUUCCUGGGCCACUUCGACAUGCUUCUCGACGAGGACCGCAACGCGCUGUACAAGAAGGCCAUCGGCCUCGCGGCGCGCGACCUGCGCGCCCGCCGCGAGCAGAACCGCGACGGGCGGCCGCUGCAGGCGCUGGACAUAGGCACCGGCAGCGGCCUGCUGGGCCUGCUGUGCUGGCAGACGGGUGCCUUCGGUGCGGUGGCGCUGCUGGAGGCGAACCCUGCGCUGGCCGCGGCCGCGCGCGCGAGCGUGCGGCGCACCCCGGGAGCCGCGGACGUGUGCAGCGUCUGGGAGGGCCACUCCGGCGACGUGCUGUCCGGCGCGCCGGCGCCGCGACCACCCUUCGACCUCUGCGUUUCGGAGCUGCUGGACUCUGUCUUGAUUGGGGAGGGCGUCCUCCCGACCCUGCGGGAUGCAUUCGAGACGCCUUGGAUGGACGUGGAGACGACACUGAUGAUCCCAGCGAGCGCCCGUAUCGUGGCGCGCGCCCUGGAGUCGGAGGCUCUCUUCGAGCAGCACCGUCUGGGCGGCUGCCGCCCGGACAGCGCUGCGGCCUGCCUGGCCGUGCCACCCGCGUUCCUCCGCUGCUGCGGCCUGCACGCCGCCGAGCAGCUGCACCUGGCGCCCUACCUGGAGUCUGGGCUCGCGCGAUUCGUGUCGGAGCCGCUGGAGGUGUUCGCCUUCGACUUCUCGAGGGUGGCGGAGCUGCCGCCAGGCGGGCGGCAGCAGCUCCUGGCGGUGACGGUCGAGGGCGGGGCUUCCGUGCAUGGAUUGGCCAUCUGGUUCGAGGCCAACCUCUACGCCGGCGUGGAGCUCUCGACGGCCCCGCGGUCCGCGGACGAGCCCCCAGCGCGGGACCACUGGAAGCAGGCGGUGGUCUGCUUCCGGGCGCCCGUGCGUACGCCGCUGGGCGCCAGCAGCACGUUGCGCCUGGCCGCCCGCCACGACGACGACGCCGUCUGGUUCGAGCCGCUCGGCCUCUCCGCCCCGCCGGCGGGCGCGCCGCCCGAGCUGCCGCCGCCGGUGUGCGGCUGCGGCCUGCACUCCCAGACCAGCCGGAGGCGCCUGGCCCGUCUCGCGGAGCUGCUGCGGCGGCCACCCGCGGGGGCCGCGGCAGGGGGGCGUGGCGCCCUGGUGUUCGGAGACGGGGGCGUGCUCCCGGCGCAGCUGGCCUCUGGCGGCUACGGGCCCGUCGUCUGCGUCGGCGGCGGCGCCGACCUGAACCGCGUGGUCGUGGAGGCGUUCGCCGACGCCAAUGGGGUGCGGUGCACGGUCCGCAUAGCCGACCCGAGCGCUGGGCUGCUGCCAGGCGGCGCGAAGCGACGGAGGGUUGCUGUGGAGGAACCGUUGUCGCUCGACGACGAGGAGGUGAGCGAGUGCCCCUUCGACUGGCAGGCGCUCGCCAGCGCGCUGGAGGAGCAGCGGCCUCGCGUCCAGUGGGACGUCUUCGCGGAGCCGUGGUAUGACGAGCUUUCAGAGGACUGGGACUUGGUCCACUACACGCGCUUCAAAGAGGACUUCCAGGCCCUCCUGGGCGCUUGGCCCGCGCUGCGCGGCGCUGGAGCCGCGCGGUGUCGCUUUCGCGUGGUGGCUCGCGCCUUCAACUCCGAGCUGCUGGCACAGCGGCUCCAGCCGCUGAGCGCUUCGGGGGGGGGACCCGUGCGGUCUUGGGCCGGGCUUGAGCUCGCCGACUUCAUGAACGGGCUGCACCCGGGCCAGCCGAAGCCAGGUCAUUCUGUGGACGCCUGGGCGCUGCUCCGCGCAGGCUCGGUCCACCUCUGCGGGGCCCCGUGCGACGUGGCCAGCCUCGACCCGCUGGACGAGCACGCCGGUGGCGCAGCGCACGUCGAGGUGCCGGCAGACGGCCGCACGGUGCACGGCGUGCUGCUGUGGCUCCGCCGGGAAGCCCCCGAGCCCACUGACGUCGACUGGGGUGCGGUGCUCGCAGGGCCCGUGGACGCGGCAGGGGCGGCGCCGCUGAGGCACGCGCGCCUGGGCGUGGCUCUGCUCGACGAGCCCCUUGGCAGGGGCGGGGUCCUGCGGGUGAGCGUCGCGCGCGGCAGCGCGGGAGACGGCGGCUUCGUGGUCGGCGUCUCGUCCCCGCAUGGCCCUUUCUCUUGCACCUUACCCCCUCCUUCAUCAUUCGACCUCCCUUCUUCCCUCCCUCCCACUCCGUGCUCCACCUCUCCUUGUCAUCCUUCAUCCUUGAACUCCCUCCCGCUCUCUCCUUCGAUAAAGGAUGACAAGCCUGCCUAUUGAUGAGCACGAAUGUGCUGCCAGAAACGUUUGCGAGCAGUCCAAUGCACUCCACAAUUUUCCCUAUUGUGGAAUUCGCCUUGUUGGGCUGAGCGCCGCAUGCAAAGGAGAGUUGCUUUGACACAUGUUUUACGGGUGCGUCCAAGCAGAACUAACUCCUGUUUAUGCGCACCUUGGCACAGGGUGGGCCGUGAGUCUGGAGCAACCUGUGGACUUUCAUAGGGCGUGUCAUGCACGAC